UUUUUUGCUUUUUGUUGUAGGCGCUUUCGUCUUGAGGUGCUCGGCCUGUGUGCAGUCCAUGUGGUGAUUGGUCAAUUUUGGAUUCAUGGGUGUGGACGUGUAUAACACCUUGCGAGUUUAUUAAGUCCAUCUCAGUGCAUGAAAGAGGCGAGUCUUAAUGGAAUGGUACUGAAGACUUCUGCUGCUGCUAGUCAUUGACAACAUCUUCAGGAAGAUAUGGGUCACACUUCAUCUCCGGACCAUCUACACCUCUAGUGCCUGUGGGAUUGUUGUCCCUUUUUCCUUUUUGCAUUCCCCCUGCUCCCUCCUCCCCAUUCCCACUUACCCCUUGAACCCCAUUUCUCUCGCCUUCCUCGUUCCCCUGCCCAUUUCCUUAGUGCUCACAACCAAAAAAGAGCACUAGUGUGUGGCACACAUGCUGAGCCGAUGACCACGCCCAGCCCAAAGCUAUAUGGCCAGGAGGUGACACAUACCACUCGCACAAGCUUCUAGGCAUGGCAGGAUGAGUGGUUACGCCCGAUGAUGAUGGCAAAAAAGCAAGAUGCCCGGCCACCCACCUACAACUUGGUUGUGGUCGGCUUGUCUGGGACAGAAAAGGAGAAAGGCCAAUGUGGAGUGGGAAAGUCCUGUCUCUGUAAUCGCUUUGUGCGCCCCAGCGCAGACGACUUUUACUUGGAUCACACGUCGGUGCUGAGCACUAGCGACUUUGGGGGGCGUGUUGUCAACAAUGACCACUUUCUUUUCUGGGGGGAUGUCCUCCGGUCACCUGAGGAAGGAUGGGAGUGUCGCUUAAAUGUGGUUGAGCAGACAGAGUUUAUUGAUGAUCAGACAUUCCAGCCUCAUCGUAGCACAGCUUUGCAGCCGUACAUAAAGCGGGCAGCUGCUACUAAGCUUGCGUCGGCUGAGAAGCUGAUGUAUUUCUGCACGGACCAGCUUGGGCUGGAACAAGACUUUGAGCAAAAGCAGAUGCCAGAGGGCAAGCUCUUGGUGGACGGCUUCCUGCUGUGCGUGGAUGUUAGUCGGGGGAUGAAUCGGAACUUUGAUGACCAGAUGAAAUUUGUUAAUAAUCUCUAUAACCAGUUGGCUAAGACCAAGAAGCCAAUAGUCUUGGUGCUGACAAAAUGUGACGAGGGCGUUGAGCGGUACAUAAAAGACUGUCAUACUUUUGCCCUCACAAAAAAGAACCUCCAGGUGGUGGAGACUUCGGCCCGUUCAAAUGUCAACGUGGACUUAGCUUUCCUCACUCUGGUGCAGCUGCUGGACAAGAGCCGGGGCAAGCCCAAAAUCAUCCCUUAUUUCGAGGCUCUGAAGCAGCAGAGCCAACAAAUUGCUGCGGCCAAGGACAGAUAUGAGUGGCUUGUCAAUCGCAUCGUCAAGAGCCACAACGAAACCUGGCUCAAUGUGAGCCGUCGGAUGAACACAUCCCCAGAGUACCAGGAAUACGUCUUCCUGGAGGGCACUCAGAAAGCCAAGAAGCUGUUCUUGCAGCACGUGCACAGACUCAAACAGGAGCAUAUCGAGAGGCGGCGCAAGAUGUAUCUCAGCGCCUUGCCUCAAGCCUUUAAUUGUCUCACCCCCUGUCUAGAUGAUAUCGACCACCUCUCCUGGAGUGCGGUUCAACAGCUGCUAGAGACCAAGAGGGAAUUUUCCAACUGGUUUGUCAUCUUAGAGGAGACACCAUGGGAGGCCACGACCCACAUAGACAACAUGGAAGAAGAGAGGAUCCCUCAGGACCUUUUGGACACUCAGGAGGCAGAAAAUAUAUUUGACGUCCACCUGGAGAUACUGCGCAAUGAGCGAAAACGAGAGGAAAUGCGGCAGCUCUUCAAAGAGAGCCUGGAGACGUCGCCUUUUGUCACUCCUGGCAAGCCCUGGGAAGAAGCCCGCAGCUUUAUCAUGAAUGAGGACUUCUACCAGUGGCUCGAAGAGCCAGAGUACCUAGAGAUCUACAAUCGACACCAGAAGGAAAUUAUUGACCACGCUAAGGAGGACUUCCAGGAACUUCUUUUGGAAUAUUCUGAACUCUUUUAUGAACUGGAGUUGGAUGCCAAACCCAGCAAAGAGAAAAUGGCGGCUAUACAGGACGUUCUGGGUGAGGAACAGCGGUUUAAGGCCUUACAAAAGCUGCAAGCUGAGCGUGACGCUCUGGUUCUCAAGCAUAUCCACUUUGUGUUCCACCCCACCAAGGAGACUUGCCCCAGCAGCUUUCAUUGCAUGGAAAACAAAAUUGAACACAUGCUGGCUUCACGUUUUAUCAUACGCCCAGAUAGUGCCAACCAAAAAUAUCAUUUAGAACAGGGAGACAUUAAAGCAGACAGGAUCAACCUGGUCAUUCUGGGCAAGGAUGGGCUAGCCAGGGAACUGGCCAAUGAAAUCAGAGCUUUGUGUACCAAUGACGACCGCUAUGUGCUUGAUGGCAAGCUGUAUGAGCUGUGCCUCCGGCCCAUCGAGGGGAACGUCCGCCUGCCGGUGAACUCUUUCUACACGGCCACUUUUCAGCCUCAUGGCUGCCUAUGCCUGUACAACUCAAAAGAAUCUUUGUCAUAUGUUCUUGAAAGCGUUGAGAGAAUCCGGGAGUCAACUUUGGGUAGGAAAGAGAACCACUUAAGUCAAAUUCCAAUGACUCUCAUCCUUGUAACAAAACGGGGAGUAGGUUCCAUCGGGGACAUAGGUGGGGAGACAGCCCACAGUUUGAUCGCCCAUGGACAGCAGGUGGCCAGCAAACUUCAGUGUGCUUUUCUAGAUCCUGCAUCUUCCGGCAUGGGGUAUGGAAAGAGUGUGAAUGAGAAACAGAUCACGCAGGUUCUCAAAAGUUUGCUGGACUGUAAACGAAACCUGAACCUCGUCAGUGGUGGCAGCGGUGGUGGUGGUUGUGGGUCCCCACCUCUUCAUCCCACUCCUAGUAUCAAAGACUUGCACCAACAGCAGCUUCAGAACCCAGAGGCUGACUUGCGCAUAGUCAUGUGUCUGAUGUGUGGAGAUUCCUAUGACGUUGAUCAGCUGCUAUCCCCGCUUCUCAUGCCUCAGUACUGCAAACGUUCCCAGUUGUCCACCAGUGGAACAAGUUCCAUCUUGCUUGAGCUGUCAUUGAGUGGUCAGCGGCAAAGUAUUGAACUUUCCAUUCUUUCUUACCACUCUUCCUUUAGCUUACGUAAAAGCCGCCUUGUGCAUGGCUACAUCACGGUCUACUUGGCCAAGAGGAAGUCUUCAUUCGCCACCUUGUGUGCAUUCCUCUGUGAAAUUCAGGAUAUUAUCCCAAUCCAGUUGUUGGCGGUAGCCGACAGCCAGUCAGAGAUGACCGACAAUGAGACUGCCAGAGAUCAGCUCAACCAAGGUGAAGAACUAGCUCAGGAAAUCGAAGGACGUUUCGCCAGCGUGGUUUGCGGGAAUAGUAGUAGUCUCAUUUUACAGCAGCAGCACAGGAUAGACCUCUUUUAUCCUUUCUUCAAGGAUGCGAUGGAGAAGAAGACCAUCGUGGAGGCCACCCACCUUUAUGAUAAUGUUGCUUGCAUCACUGAUGAGGUAGUUCACUCUCCCCGGGGAGGCUCUCCUAGCCCAAUAACUACACUUCUGGAUUCUGAGGACGAUGUUGAGCCCUCCCCUCCUCCUCUUCCAGACGACUCAUCGCCUGGAGGACUGAAAAUGCCUUCGAACUGUGACUUGGAAGAUUCCUUCCCCCUAUUCACAGAGAUGACCAGUUUAGACAGCAGACUUAAUAACAAAGUAGCUCCUCCUGUCAAGCCAAAGCCCGCUGUCCACUUUGAUUUUCGGAAAUUCAGUCACAGACGCUCUCUUCCAUCCUCAGUUUCAUGGGCUCCACCUGUGGAUGGGGGCUAUGAUCCUUCUGACUACGCCGAGCCCAUUGAUGCUGUAGCAAAGCCUCGACUCAGUGAGGAGGAAAAUAUCUACUCGGUGCCUCAUGACAGCAAACCAGGAAAGAUCAUCACCAUCCGCAAUAUCAAGUUACAGUCCAAUGGGGGCGGAGGAAAUGGUUCGGACAGUGAGGCAGAUAGCAGUUCUCUAGAACGACGGCGCAAAAUGUCUGUAACUGGCAAACCCCGCCUCUACAGGGACCGCUCGAAACGACUAGGCAAAUUCGGCAGUUUUCGUACUAGCUUCUCCAUCGGAAGUGACGAUGAACUCGGGGGACCACCGAGGAAGAAGGCAGAAGAUGAAAGCAGCACGCAAAAGGGCACCAACUCUGUAAUUGAGAUCGAGGGCGAGGACAAGAAAAGGAAUCUUCUCAAGAGUCUGCGCAGGACAAGCAAGAAACCCAGGCAAAAACCUCGACCUUCUAUCACCAAACCCCCUCUGGAGAGCAAUUACUUUGGUGUUCCCCUAUCCAACGUGGUGUCGUUAGAGAGGCCCAUCCCCCUAUUCAUUGAAAAGUGCAUCAGGUACAUCGAAGGCACAGGUAUAAACACAGAAGGACUUUAUAGAGUCAGUGGGAACAAGGCAGAGAUGGAGAGCAUGCAAAGGCAGUUUGAUCAAGAUCACAAUCUGGACUUGGCUGAGAAGGACUUCACAGUGAACGCCGUGGCGGGUGCCAUGAAGAGCUUCUUUUCGGAACUACCUGAACCCCUGGUGCCAUACGCCAUGCAGGUGGAGCUGGUGGAAGCGCACAAAAUCAAUGACCGGGAGCAGAAACUCCAUACGCUCAAGGAUGUCCUGAGGAAAUUUCCCAAGGAGAACUACGAUGUCUUCAAAUAUGUAAUCACCCACUUAAAUAAAGUCAGCCAGAACAGCAAAGUCAACCUGAUGACCAGCGAUAACCUGUCCAUUUGCUUUUGGCCGACACUCAUGAGGCCGGACUUCACGACCAUGGAUGCCCUGACGGCUACGCGCACCUACCAGACAAUCAUUGAGCUCUUCAUUCAGCAUUGCCCGUUCUUCUUCUACAAUCAGCCCAUCACAGACGCAUCGGGAUUCCUACCCGGCUCCCCCACCACGCUGGUGUCCGGCCCCAGCUAUCCUUCUCCUUCUCCGUCCUCUUCCACCGCGGUUGUCCCUUUCAGCCCAGGCCUCUCAUGCCAGCCUUCCCAGCAGUCUCCACCUCACUCACCACCCCCCACCCCUCAGUCUCCUCUGCAACCCUUCCUGACCUCUUUGCAGCCCCAGCCGGCAGAACAACAGACGCUGUGAAAGAUGACUUGGUAGAGGGGGUAAGAAUUUAACACGUGGAAUUGCGAGUGAGCCACACGAAGAAAAUUAAAUGAGAAUCCAUCCUUGGAAAGAAAGGAAAAAAAAACCCAAGAAUUAAAAGUUGCGCUGACCCGUUUGCUUUUUUUAAUUUCAUUUUUUGGUUAUUGUCAUAAUGGCAAUGGUGGCAGCGAUGGGAUAUCACUAUUGUGACUUUUUGUUGACACUGAGCUCUGCUCGCCCUGCUUGUCCCUCUUGGCCACCCUAUGGACUGCUGCUUGAACAUUUUUUUCAGGACCACAGAAGCAUUUGGUCACCUGGGGAGGUGGGGUAAGGCCCUGAGCCCAUCUGAAGUGCCCCCCCAGCACCCCUUUUGUCAUGCUGAAGUGAAGAGCAUUGUGGGUAUAGCAUUCUGACAUUUGUGACAUAAAGUACAUUUUUAAACCUUCUCCCCCUCAUCCUCCACAACCAACACAACCAAAAACCAACACCUUGCCGCCAUGUUAUGAAAUUAGCUAUCCGUUGGGAUUCCUCUUGGGUUUGGUCCACUCGGGUGUUUUGUGUUAAUUUAUAUUUACCUUUUUGCACCCUUGCUCUUUUCUCAAUCCACCACUUGUUCAGUUUUUCUUCGUCUUUUUUCCUUUUUUAUUGCUUGCUUAGAGGUGUAUCGGUUCUUUGAGACUGGUGUCAUUGGCUAAUCUGAGGUGUGGCAUGAAUGGCUGAGGGUGAGUUAGGAGACUGCAGCUUGUGGUUGAUUUUAGCUCUCUUUUUUUUUUGCAACUGAAAAAAUUUAAGUGUUCUGAAAAAUUUUGAGACGGUGCUAACAGAUAAAAUCUCAUAGGGGGUUUUCUGACUCCCAUUGUAAACUGCACUGCCUGGGAGAUGGCAACAAACAGCAGAUCCCACUUACUGUUUGCGCUUUCCUCACCUUGUUUAACUUUGUCGCCAAAGGAAAAUCAUGUAGAAUUUGCCACAGCACCACCUGUAGGAUAAAUACAUACACUGCACAUUUCUAGCCCUCUCCUUUUUUCUGGGAGUUGGAAGAGCUGUUGUCAGCUGGGCUGCAUCAUGAUGUUCCUGUUUUGUCUGCAGACUGUGGUCGUCGCCCGCAUUCUCGCCCCCCUGAUGUAGAUCACCACUGGCUUUGUAUGUGCUCAAAUGGAUGCGUUUAUCAUUCUCUCAAAGUCCAUACUUUCAGCUGUCCACUUUUAAUAAAGUGAAUGUGGAGUUUGCUAAGCUGUGGCUGCAUGUCAAUGGAGGUGGUACUUAGCCAGCUUCCAGACAGAGUGGUACUUUAAUGUCUCCCUAUAUCUAAAGUUAACUCCUUUUUUUUUUUUUUUUUUUUAAUCGGUGAGAUCUAGAAAUAGUUUCCAAUGAUUCUGAAGUUUCUCAUUAGAAACAGAAUCUCAUGCAAUUUCUGGAUGAUCCAGUAUUAGAAAUUGACAUCAACUACACCACAUUUUGAAUCUUUUCAUUGAAGGCUAUCAGUGCUGCAUCAUAAAGAACAGAGUACAGUAGGAACGCUCAUCCACCUUCAUGGGGCCACUCGGACAGAAGAUAAAGGUGAAGGAAAGGUGCUCUUUCUAAUACAAAUUAUAUUACACACAUGUAAUUGUAUAUUUAUGUAAUAUUCUCACUAUAUAUAUAUAUAUAUAUAUAUAUAUAUAUAUAUAUAUAUAUAUAUAUAUAUAUAUAUAUUUAUAAUACACACAAAAUGUGUAAUAUAAGAAUUAUACUUUGCAUAUAUUAUUGUGUUGUUUGGUUUAUAACUCAAUGCAACCUCUAAUAUAUACACUAUAUAUAAAAUGUGUGUAAUAUAGGAAUUAUAAUCCACAUAUUUGGGUGUUAUUUGGCUUAUUAUUAAUUUAAAGUAUAGUAAUUUCUGCAGAUUAAAGAAUGGAUGAAUAGAUGUAUGUUGUGGGUGUGUGAUACACAUAUAGGAACAUCAGCUUGGACAUGUGCAGGGGUGUGUGUGUGUGUGUGUGUGUGAGUGAGUCCAUAUACAUUUGUGUCUGUGUAGAGGUUAUUUAUACACACAUACAUAUACAUAUUUGUGUGUGUAUAUAAAGAAUAUACGUGUAUGUGUCUACUGUAUAGUUACAUAUAUACGAGAGAGUAUAUUUGUAAGGGUUAAAAUUGGAUAAGGUGGGGUUAAAAAAGUGAGAUGUCUGCAGUGGGUACACAUACCCCUAAAGUCAGACAUUUUUAUUUUCUAAAAUCUAUCUUUUCCCAUUAAAUACAUGCACACCCCUAAAUUAAAGGAGAGGGUUGUUCUGUGGAAUAUAAAGAAUAAGGAAUAUUGUGCAGUUUUAGCAUCUGACCUGUAGAGGGCUCACUUCUACAGCUGGUAGAUGAUAUGUCUUGUUGGGUGUUCACAGCUGAUUAUUAGCUUGGAUAUUUGACAUUAGUGCGUUAGUAAUACAUACUGCAUGUAGUGUAUAUAAAUAAAUUCACACACACAUAUAUACACAUCAGCUAUCAGCUUAGAUAAUUAAUAUUACAUAUAUAAUAUACACACACACACACACACACAGAGGAUAGUACAGCCCUGCCAAGAUGAGCCCAUCAGCUAACAGCCAGUGUCAUAAGUAAGUGAGUUCUAUCUUUGCAUGGAUGGUUUUUCAUAGAGCACACACACACACACACACACACACUUUACACAAUGUGGACAUGCCCUUAGCUCUUCGUUCAUAUAUGUGCAUACAGCCCCAUACUUCUAGGUAAGAGAAGUCUGCUUCAUGUAACUUGUAUUUGUUCUUGUCUAUAUGUUGAUAUACAGUAUAACUGCACACACACAUUUUGUAUUUUUUGCUUUCCACACUUUCAUUUAGUUUAAUAGGCUUCAAAGAUCUCUACUGCCACCUACUGUUCAUUAUUAAAAUCUGAAAUUUGUUCUUAAACAUUUUUUUUAUUACAAUAAAAUCAGCUUGAACUGAAAGAAAUUCCUGUAAUAUCUGAAGAUAAACUCCAGGCAUAAAUGAACCAAAUCCAGUAACAUCAGGAAGCCUUUAUUAUUAUAUCAGCACAGAUUUUAAUCUUCUUCCUAUUUUUCAAUAUUUCUACGUGGAGGCAGUAGACAAAUCAACACUUCACUCUUCGUCUUGCUGUUUCCGAGUAGUUUUUCUUAGACGUGGGCAGCAUAAGGCAGAUGAGCUCAUCAGGUGAGCGGACAGGCAUUUUCUAUUUUUUAUUUCUUUUGGUGUGUCUUGCUUUAUGGACUGGAGGUCCGAUGUUGGGCCAGUGGUGACUGGUUUUUUUAGGAUUUUUUUUUUUCUCCUGAAAAUUACAUUUUCCCAGGGUGGCCCAGUUUGGGAUUAAGAACAGGAGGGAUGAGCCAAAGGAAGAGGAGGGGGCUCAGUUUAUAAGAGACAACGUGCCCCCUGUUCUGGCCAUUUCUUGUAUUAACCCAUAUGGGGUUUGUUUAACAUUCAGCCCCCGCUCCUUGAUUGCAACACAUGGAUGAAAUGUGUGUUUUCUUCAGGACGUGGUGCCAGGCAGGAGGUGCACAAGAAGCUCUGCCUUGACCUGAACACAAUGUUGAUGAUGAUUGAAAGUGAAUCAGGGUGGCAAAGUAACAAAAUCGAGUGGAAAGACGAGCGGUGUGAAGGGGGGAGGAGCGCCUGCCCAAUCAACAAGUGGAUGGCUUUCAGUAUUUUUUUGGGGUGGCCUUGUGAGAGUUUCCGACGGAAAACUAGAAGCUGCCGAUAGGUCAGCGUGAAUGGAGAGUCUGUUACAAAGUCACAAAGACGACGACCUUUGAGAGCGUUUGUUUUCUAAGUGAGCACUUUGAAGAAUUUCUGUGGUUUAUUUACUAAUAUCGAAAGAGGAGGACUGUGUGUGCAACAUGGCGAGCACUUUCAGCGAGAGAGUGGGGUUCAAUGGUUUCAGGGGGAUUGAGGGCAAUUUGAGCUGUCUUCUUACUUUAUGAAUUAGACAUGGGGUCAGGGUCUGUAGUGUUUAUCGAGCAUUCAGAUCAUCAGCAGCCUAGAGGUGAGCAUGUUGGACAUUUUUAAUUUUUUUCCCUCCUAUUAUUAUACAGUAAUUAGUAGUAAACCAUAUAGGAGCCAUGUAUUGAGACUGUUAAUAUCCUCAUAACAUAUUUUUAUGGAUUUUUUUUAAAAUAAGUGCACAAAACCAUUCCCAGUCUCAGACUCGUGUCCCACAGCCAAUGGUGUGUGUUGGAUGCGGCCGUCAUACUUCAUUUUAUUUAUUUUGAAAUUUUUUUUUGGCCACACAACAUAGUCAAUGCACUAGUCGCACACCUCUGCCGAUUUCUUGUUUUCCUGUAUUCCUUAUUUCCAUCAUCCUCCCCUUCCCCACCCGUCAUUUUGGUUCCACCCCGAUCCCCGGGAGCAAGUAAAAGAGAUGAAACCCACGUGUCUCUCUCAACGCCGGCGACUUUGUACUUCUUCGAUGUCCUCUGUUUCUGCUUGUCGGUUUAUCUGCACUAUCCAUAAACACGGGAGCCCCUCACAGACCUCGAGCAUUGCGUUGGCGUCCGCUUGACUCGGUUCAUUUGUGUGGCUGCCGUUCUCCCUUUCUUUUGCAAGAAUGGCAACAGUCUGUUAAGUUAAAUGAAAACUAUAUUAAAAAAAAAUGGUUGUUUUGUAUGUUAGGGGUCUAACAAUCUACCCUUUAGUCCUUUGGUGAUAGAAAAUAUUUCUUUUAUGUUUUAUUUUAAUAAUUAAAAAAGCAAAACCUUUUUUAAUAAAAGAAUUGUGAAUGGUGUUACUGGGAACAAACCCCCUAUAGUGCAUGAUAAUGAUGUAAAAAAAUAAUAAUAAUAAUAAAGUGAGGGAAUUCUCCUCCAGCAUAAAAAAAAAAAAAUCAUGUUAUUUGCUAAAGGUAUCGUAAAUUGUCUCAUUGGGAAUGGUGUAAAGACAAAAAGGGCCUUAUGUGACUUGUAUCAUAGUUAAUAAAUCAAUCUUGUAAAAUGUG